ACCAAACUUAAAACUUGGUGCAAACUGUUCUCUCUCUCUCUCUCUCUCUGCCGAACUCGACAAAACUAGCGGCGGCGGCCAUACCUCACCGCGGGAUUGGCCGUCUCUCGGCCAUCGUUUCGUAAAUUACGUCUGCCUUUUUUAUUUGCCGAUUAUUAUUAAUUUGUAUUGUCGUUGUUGCAGCAACCACAGCUAGAGAGAGAGGCAGAGAGAGAGAGAGAGAGAGAGAUGGCGGAGAAGAAGUAUGUGAUAGAGGUGGAGGGGCCAAAGGAGGGCAAGGAUGGCAGGCCUUCGGUGGGAGCAGUGUAUCGCAGCGUAUUCGCCAAGGAUGGCUUUCCGCCGCCCGUUCAAGGCUUGGACUGCUGUUGGGACAUUUUCCGCAUGUCAGUGGAGAAAUACCCCAAUAAUCGGAUGCUUGGCCGCCGGGAGAUCGUGAAUGGGGAGCCUGGAAAAUACAUUUGGCUAACUUACAAACAAGUAUUUGACUUGGUUGAGAAGGUUGGAAAAUCCAUUCGCAGCUGUGGGGUUGAGGAGGGAGGACGAUGUGGUAUCUAUGGUGCCAAUUGCCCAGAGUGGAUUAUGAGCAUGGAGGCCUGCAAUGCUCAUGGACUAUAUUGUGUUCCUUUAUAUGACACCCUAGGUGCUGGUGCACUGGAAUUUAUUAUAUGCCAUGCGGAGAUUACAAUUGCAUUUGUGGAAGAAAAAAAGCUCCCUGAGAUUCUGAAAACAUUUCCUAACACAAUAAAAUACUUGAGAACAAUUGUGAGCUUUGGAAAGGUUACUCCUAAACAACAAGAAGAAUUUCAAGAAUUUGGUUUGGCUAUAUACUCUUGGGAUGAGUUCUUGUCAUUGGGAGAUGAUAAACACUAUGAUCUUCCCAUGAAAAAGAAAAGUGAUAUUUGCACAAUAAUGUACACUAGUGGCACAACUGGUAAUCCAAAGGGUGUUAUGAUUUCAAAUAAUAGCAUUGUUACUCUCAUAGCUGGGGUGAAGCGGUUGCUGGUGUGCGUUCAUGAAGCGUUGAAUGUAAAUGAUGUUUAUCUUUCAUAUCUUCCUCUGGCACACAUCUUUGAUCGGGUAAUUGAGGAGUGUUUUAUCCAUCAUGGUGCUUCAAUAGGAUUUUGGCGUGGGGAUGUUAAGUCACUGAUUGAAGAUAUUGGCGAGUUGAAACCUACUAUCUUUUGUGCCGUUCCCCGUGUAUUGGAUAGAGUUUAUUCAGGAUUGCAACAGAAGAUUUCAUCUGGGGGCUUCUUAAAACAUACCAUGUUUAACCUUGCAUACAAAUACAAGCUACAUAACAUGAGGAAGGGGAGUAAACAUACAGAUGCAGCUCCAUUUUGUGACCGAAUUGUUUUUAAUAAGGUCAAGCAAGGUCUAGGGGGAAAUGUACGAGUUAUUUUAUCUGGAGCAGCACCUCUUGCUACUCAUGUAGAAGCUUUCUUGCGAGUGGUGGCAUGUUCUCAUGUUCUUCAAGGAUAUGGUCUCACUGAAACCUGUGCCGGAACAUUUGUUUCGCUACCAGAUCAGUUGGAUAUGCUUGGCACAGUGGGUCCUCCAGUACCCAAUGUGGAUGUGUGCUUAGUAUCUGUUCCUGAAAUGGGAUAUGAUGCCCUUUCAAGCACACCACGGGGAGAGAUAUGCAUAAGGGGUGAAACCUUGUUCUCAGGGUACUACAAACGUGAAGACCUCACCAAAGAGGUUUUGAUUGAUGGAUGGUUUUAUACAGGGGAUAUUGGCGAGUGGCAACCAGAUGGGAGUAUGAAAAUCAUUGACCGCAAGAAAAAUAUUUUCAAACUCUCACAAGGAGAAUAUGUUGCAGUUGAAAACUUGGAGAAUAUUUAUGCUCUUGUUUCUGAUAUUGACUCGAUUUGGAUAUAUGGGAACAGCUUUGAGUCUUUCCUUGUUGCUGUUGUGAACCCAAAUAAACAAGCGCUUGAACGUUGGGCUGAAGAAAAUGGUAUAUCUGGGGAUUUCAACUCCCUCUGUGAUAAUCCGAGGGCAAGAGAGUACAUACUUGGGGAGCUCACAAGGAUUGGAAAAGAAAAUAAGUUGAAAGGUUUUGAAUUUGUGAAAGCUGUUCAUCUUGAACCUGUGCCAUUCGACAUGGACCGUGAUCUUAUCACCCCAACAUACAAGAAGAAAAGGCCUCAGCUUCUCAAGUACUACCAGAGUGUCAUUGAUGUUAUGUACAAGAGUGCAAAAAAGUAAGCCCGUUGGGCGACGAUGUUCUCCAAGUCUUCUUCUGGCCGCCUUUUUUCAACUUGUUUUUAGCUUUGUCACUGUAUAUACAAAAUCCUUGUAUCCGUUUGUGUGCUCCAUAAUAAAAACAACUGAAAUAUUGAAACC